GCCUAUCCCAGUCGACGAAACGCCCCCUCCAAUGAUGGCGGGAUCGAUAUCGCUGGUCGGGCUGGGAAUAUGCAAACGCUUGAAGACAGAAGCGAAAAAAACCAUGUCGACGAGAGUAAGGGCAGCUGCAUUGGCGUGGUGAGGACGACUUGCAACGAGCUCGAAGGAACAGGACUAGAAUGCGACGGCGACGACAAACGACCGACAGACCAACGCGGUAGUCAUGGUAGUGUGGGCGGGGUAGCAGAGAUCCACAACAGCGACAGAGAAGCAUCAGAGGAAGACACGAAAGAGGAGGAGGAGGGGGAACAGGAGGAGGAAGAAGGGCAAGAGGGGGAGGCCGGCUUUGGGUUGGUGGUCCUGUCGGCAAGCUUGAACGGUGUCAUCAGGGCAUGGGAGACGCUCGGAAAGAGCGAGAAGUACUGCAUGCGGCAUUCAGGAGGCGCAGAGGUGACAAGCAUGCUCGUACUACCGGGAGGGUCUGUCUUAGUCACAGGAACGGACGACGGAAGCGUGAGGUUCUGGCAGCUAGACACAGGAGCGGGAGAAUCAUUUAAAGCUCACGACAAUACCGUCAGUGCUCUCGCGGCGUAUAGGGAUCAACUGGGGUCGUUGGUGCUUGCCAGUGCGGGCUUUGAAGGCGCGAUCAUCAUUUGGAGAGCGCACGCGAAGGAUGGCUUGAAGAAAGAUCGAGUGCCGACGGUAGAGUAUUGCGUUCGUGACGCUCAUGGCGUCUUGGACGGAUUGGACGGCGAAAUCCUUUGUUUGGCUUUCGUUGCUUCAGAUGUGCCGGUGUUGGCCAGCGCGGGCAAUGAUCGCGUUGUGCGAUGCUGGCGCCUCCGGGAGCGUACGUGCAUCUUACUGCUGGUGCUAGAGGUUAGUCUCGCGAGGCUCAUCUCCGAGUUUCGUUCUCAGGAUGAGUCACUUUUCAACUGCGUUGCGUGCACCCAAGACACUUUGGGGAAGCCCCUAUUGUUCGCCGGCACCAACGAGGGCAGCAUAAUCCAGUUGGCUUUCAGUGGCAUCGAUGAGGGACACAUCGAAGAUGAACACGAGGAUGGACCUAGUAAGUUAGUCUAGGUCCUUCAUGGGCCGAUUUUUGUACAAGUCGUAGGUAGACGUCCGGUUGCCUAGAAAGGCCAAUACCACCGUAACGUCGUCGGGCACGGUGAGCAAAGGAAUUAAUCGGGAGAAGUACUGAUU